UUUGCGCCCCCUGCUGCUCCGCUUCUCCUGCCCUCUUUUUCUGUUGCCAUGGUCACAGUACCUGCCCUCCCUCUCUUGCUGGCCCUGGUGGAAUGGGUGGGUCCGGCCAUCUCCUCCCCUCACCUCUUGCUCCGCCCUCGAGAGCGUGAGCGAGACCAGGUGGCACCGAUGCACUUUAACAUUGCGGUGAUCCAUGCAGGCUCCAUGGCUCAGGACGAGGCGGGAGUGACAGCGGCCGGAGGCAGGGUCCUGUAUCCAGGCUUCGGCCGAGUGCACAGCAGCUUCGGAGAGAGUGUUGUCACCAAGUGGGGCUAUGUUAAUGUCAUCUGGCUUCAGGUGAAUGACAGUAGUCCCAGGAGUCUGCUUUCCCAACUGUGCGACCUGUUAGCAUCCAGACCUGUGCAGGGGCUGGUGUAUGAGGAUGAGAGACCCCUCCCACUGGCCUCGGGCCCACUGGCCCCCAUGUUGGAAUUCGUCUCGGCCCAGACUGGCCUUCCUAUUGUGGCUGUGGGAGGGCGAGCGGGGCUGGGCAGAGUGCCACAGGAGAGCGGCUCGAUCUUCCUGCAGUUUAGUACAUCCACUGCUCUCCAACUGGAAGUCAUCUUCGAGGUGCUUGAGGAGUAUGAUUGGACAGCCUUUUCCGUGGUGUCCACACGUCACCAUGGCUACCAGGACUUCCUGUCUAUGGUCGAGGGUUUGACAGAUGGCUCCUUUAUUGGCUGGGAGAAGAAGAGCGUGGUGAUGCUGAAUUUAACUGAUGACCCAGGAGGAGCUCGCACACGCAGACUGCUGAAGGAGAACGAGGCGCAGGUUCGUCUGCUGUACUGCUCCCAGGAGGAGGCUGAGCAGGUGUUUCAAGCAGCGUGGGCUGCUGGGCAGGCUGGAGCAUCUCAUAUGUGGUUUGCUGUGGGCCCAGCGUUGUCUGAGUUGGGUGUGAAUGGCCUGCCUAGCCGUCUUUUUGCUGUGAGGCCUCAGGGCUGGAGAGAUGAAGCACGCAAACGGAUCGCCCGGGGCGUUUCCGUCCUUAUUCAUGGAGCCAUGGCCCUGCGCCAGGACUACGGCACUACCACUGGGCCGCACUUUGUCACAAACUGCCAGACAGAUGGCAACAGGACACAGAGGAUUCGCGGGAGAAUGAAAUAUUUCAGUAACAUCACCAUGAGUGGGAAGGAUUACUCUUUCAAUAAUGAGGGCUACCUGGCCAACCCCUUUCUGGAUGUCAUCUCUUACACACCCGGGAGUGGCUGGGAAGACGUAGGAUGGUGGGAGAAUGGCGUGCUGCGUUUGCGAUACCCGGCCUGGUCUCGGUACGGCCCCUUCCUGCAGCCUCCUGAUGAUGCACAGCACCUGAGGGUUGUGACUCUGGAGGAGAGGCCCUUCGUCAUUGUGGAGCUGGCUGAUCCCGCUUCAGGAACCUGUAUCAGGGAUUCUGUGCCCUGCCGACGACCUCUCAAUGCCACGGCUCAUCAGGAAGGGGUGGCUCCUGUGAAGCAGUGCUGCAAGGGCUUCUGCAUCGACAUCCUCAAACGUUUGGCCAAGAUUGUGGGCUUCACUUAUGACCUUUAUCUGGUCACCAAUGGAAAACAUGGGAAGAAGAUUGACGGUGUGUGGAACGGCAUGGUGGGGGAGGUCGUGGAUAAGCGUGCGGACAUGGCUAUCGGCUCCCUCACCAUCAAUGAGGAGAGAUCAGAGGUCAUUGACUUCUCAGUGCCCUUUGUGGAGACAGGAAUCAGUGUCAUGGUCUCCCGUAGUAAUGGCACAGUCUCACCCUCUGCCUUCCUUGAGCCAUACAGCCCUGCAGUUUGGGUGAUGAUGUUUGUUAUGUGCCUGACUGUGGUAGCAGUGACUGUUUUUAUCUUUGAAUUCUUCAGUCCAGUUGGAUAUAACCGCAGUCUGCAGAACGGCAAGAAAGCAGGAGGUUCUAAGUUCACCAUAGGGAAGUCCAUAUGGCUUUUGUGGGCUUUGGUGUUCAAUAACUCUGUGCCUGUGGAGAACCCCAAAGGAACCACCAGUAAAAUUAUGGUGCUGGUCUGGGCUUUCUUUGCUGUGAUCUUUCUUGCCAGCUAUACAGCCAACCUAGCGGCCUUCAUGAUCCAAGAGGAAUACAUUGACACUGUGUCUGGCCUCAGUGACAAGAAGUUUCAGCAUCCUACUGAACAGUACCCGCCCUUGAAGUUUGGAACAGUCCCGAAUGGCAGCACAGAGAAGAACAUUCGCAGUAAUUACCCCGACAUGCACCACUACAUGAUCAAAUACAACCAGAAAGGAGUGGAAGAAGCCAUCACUAACCUGAAGACGGGUAAGCUAGAUGCAUUUAUCUAUGAUGCCGCAGUGCUGAACUACAUGGCUCGUAAGGAUGAGGGCUGUAAAGUGAUGACUAUAGGCUCUGGUAAAGUGUUUGCCACCACAGGCUAUGGCAUUGCCCUCAUUAAGAACUCCCGCUGGAAACGACCACUGGACCUGGCACUGCUACAGCUGGUGGGCGAUGAUGUAAUAGAGAUGCUGGAGCGUCUCUGGCUUUCAGGGAUAUGCCACAAUGAUAAAAUUGAAGUGAUGAGCUCCAAGCUGGACAUUGACAAUAUGGCUGGAGUGUUUUACAUGUUGCUGGUGGCCAUGGGCCUGAGUCUACUUGUGUUCGCCUGGGAGCACCUUGUCUAUUGGAGGCUCCGCCACUGUAUGAGUGGAAUGGGCCAAGCUGGCAAACUGGACUUUCUGCUUGCCUUCAGCAGGGGUAUGUAUAGCUGUUGCAGUUUUGAGGAUGAAACUGCCCAAGGCGGACCCAAAGUCACCAUUCCCACCCACCAUCAUUCCUCUGUUGUAUCAGCCCCUCCCUCAUCCCAUGUUGUCACUGCAGGUGUCACCAACCAAGCCAUUGCCAUGGUACCACAACAGCAGCAGCAGCAACAACAGCACCCACCUCAGCCUCCGCAGUCCUACAAAAACCCUCUUCCUGGGUCCCCUCCUGCUGUGGUACAUUCUGGGGGAUCUUUGGGGCCCUCUACUACGCCACUUCUGGGUGCCCCUCUCCCAUGCUCCACGUUUUUGCCACGACCUGACCGCAGACUGGCUGUUGUGGACCGCUGGAGGCAGCCCAAAACUGCCAGUGCCACCACACCUAUGAAUCUCAGAGGGGGACUAUCUGACAUAGGGACCUUCCCACAGCAGAUAGUUCCUACAUGGGCAGGGAGUGGACCUACUGGAAGCACUAUGGAUGGAUAUAAGCGCUACUAUGGCCCCAUUGACCCCGAAGGUUUAGGGCCAUGCAUGGACCAACAGGCAGGCACUCAGACUCCAAAAUCAGCUCCCAGGAACCAUCAGCAACCCCCACCUGCUAGCUUGGCUUUCUACCAAGAGAAGGGCAUGGACCAUGGGGUGGGGAAGAAGGUGGGAGUGUGUACUGGUGGAGGGGGUCAGGGGAAGGGGGUGAAGUCUUUGGGCACUCCUAGGCUGCCACCCAAAAGUCAGGCUCCAGCCCCACUGCCACCUAACCCCCCACUGCAGCACCCCUCUCCUCCUCUUCCCUCAUCCCUUUGGAGGAAACGGAGGCCCAAAAAAACAAAAGAGCCUGGUGGCCCACUAUAUGAGAACAUUCUGCCCCUGGGCCGUAGAGGAGGUGGAAGGGACAUGGGUCGUAGGCCCAGACCAUCCCCACCUCUUCCCAUUCCAUUCCCUGUACCGCUUUCCCCAACUUACACACCACCAUCACCCUCUCUCUCUCUUCCUUAUACUUCCACCUCAUCCUCCACCUCUAGCACUAGUUCCUCUACCACAUCGUCUCCCUCUUCAUCUCGAUCCACCUCUCCCUCAACCACCUCCAGCACUACCUCACGCAGCACCAGGGCUAGGGAGGAAGAGGAAGAGGAAGACUUGGAUGAGCUGACAGAGGAGUCCAGUCUUCUUCAGGGACACAACCGACACAACAACAGGGAGCGCUCCAUCCUGUCCCCCAGAUCCCUUACACAUGGUCCGCCACCACCUCCUGUUCCUCCACGCAAGCCUCGUGGUUCAUUUGGAGAGCGUGAACGAGAGAGGGAGGGCAGUAGAUUGAGAGAGAGAGGUGGCAGCCAGCUCACUCAGCUCCAAGAGUGGUGGGCAGGAUGGGGGGAGAGAGAAAGAGAGAGGAGUGGGGGAGGAUCUGGUGACACUGAACGGAAAAGGGAGAAAAGGCACAGGAAAGAGAGGGAGAAAAAGAAAAAGAAAAAAAACAAGAAGAGGAAAAAGAGAGAGGAGCGUGAAAGGGAGAGGGAGCGCAAGCGGCGGAAGGUGAAGAAGAAAAAGAAAAAGGUGAUUAAGGCAAAGAAGAAAAAGAAGGCAUCCACCAGCAAGCAUUCAGAGCCAGAUGAAGGUGAUGCAGAGGGAGAGGGUGAGGGAGAGAGAGAAGGAGAGUAUGCCUCCUUCUCUAACCAGUACCGGAGCACAUUUGGAGAAAAGGGAAGCCUCUUAGGUUGGGAAGGAGAGAGAGAUAGAGAGAGGAGAGAUGGAGGGGAGGAUGUGGGAGAUGAACAAGAUGAAGAGAGUGGAGGGGGCCGGAGUAGAGAAAGAAGGCCAAAGAGUAGUCAUGCACGCCACAGACCAUCCAGCAAAAAAUACCCAAAUCUCAACAAACUUCCUGCUUCUGUCAAAUUUUGGGUCAGUGGAGGGGGUACAGAAGCAUCUGGUGGCUCACCUCCCUCCUCAUUACAUACUCUUCUUCCAUCAACCAAGCGAAGGAGGAGCAGUGGAGCAGAGCGAGAGGUGGCAGGAAGGGGAGGUGAGCGUCGACCAUUACUCCUACACUAUGAAAGGGGUCGGGCACACACCCGUGAGGGCCUGUCCUUCCAUGAGUGGGAUUCUGAGGAUGAAGAGGAAGAUGAUGAAGUAGAGGAGGAACAGGAAAGGGAGCAAGAAAGGGUAAGAGUGGAGGGAAGACUGAGAAGGAUAGGGGGCAGAGGGGCUGUGUCUGAGUCUGAGAGGGAUCGAAUUAGAGCAGAUGAUAGUUAUUCUGAUGAUGGCUCCUCAGGGGAGUUUGGCCAGUUUGAAAGGUACUGGGAGGGAAGUGGGGCAGAAGGGGCAAGUGGGAUUGGAGGUGGGGGUUGGUUUUUUGGCACCUACCCUGCCCGAGAGAAAGGAGGAAGUAUCAACAGCAGAGAUGAUUCAAUAUUAGGUCGAAAUGAAGGAUGGAGUGGAGAUUUUUGGGGCUCAGGGGUUGGGUGGGGCUCUGGGGGUGGAAGUGGGGGUUUUGGCUCACAGUGGCCACCUCCUCCAACAUCACUUCCACCCCCUCGACGCUACUGGUCUGUUGAUAAGUUGCCCAUGAAGAGUGAGAAACGUGGUCACAGUAGGUCAAAGAGCAAAGGAAAGAGGGCUCGAGUGAGGGAGCAGGAUAUGGUAUCAUGCUCAUACACACAGAUUAGCCACAGCAGAGGGCCCUUUCGGUCUAAACGGGGCAGUGCCACCUCCCACAGUCAGGAGGAGCUGCUGCCCCACUGCCACAGUCUAAAUGCCCGACCCAAACUUCCCCCCAAACCCGAUGGUGCCAAAUCCGGCAGUCAGUCCAACCUCACCACCCAACAAGCCCAACAUUCGGAGCCAGCAUCCUCCCCAACCCAAUCCUUACUGCCAUCAAUCCCUGCAAGCUCUGCACCCUCCUCCCUCCCUGUGCCCAUCCCACAACCCACUUCUUCUGCAUCCAUGUCUCCGCCACCAGUAUUAUCACCUGGUACCACCAAAGGGACUAGUGCUAAACUUCAGUACCAGAGACUGCGUUCUGUGCCCCAACCCCGGCGCUUCUACUCACCCCAUCUGCCCCUUAAAGCAAAAAGCUUGUGCUCACGACGUGGCUCUGCCCACUUUUCCAGCCUUGAAAGUGAAGUAUGA